AUGAAAACUGCUCCGAUGCUGUUGAUUCAUGGUGGAAAAAAAGAUAAGAACAAUACUGGCAGGAAAGAUACAUGGAAUUUAUACAACAUCAUGAACAGUAAGGUCCUUGAUUUGCAGGUAAGUGUUUCAAAUCUCCGGUACUGUGGUUCUUCAAAAGGGUGGUUAAUAGCUUUGGAUCACUUUAACAUUGUGAGGCUAAUCAAUCCAUUCUUUAGAGUCAGAGGUAGGAAAAAGAAAGAAAAUUCAAUCAUUUACCUACCUCCGCUGGAUAUAAUCAGAAGGCUUGGCGGAAAUGCAUGGGGUAACUAUCAAGUGUACAAGGCUAUAAUUUCAGCAGAUCCGAUAUUAAACGCAGACGAUUGCAUUGUUAUGGUCAUGUAUAGACCAGCUUUUCGGUUGGCUUUUAUUAAUCUUAGUAAAGAUAUGAGAUGGACGUACGUUGAUGAAUCUGCCAUAACUUGUCAAAGGCGGAAUUAUAAUCAGGAAGUUGCUCAACUGGAAGAUGGAUUUUAUGCUGUUAAAACUUCAAACCAACUAUUAUCUAUAGAUACUCAUGCACAGUACCCCUCCAAUGUGAAAUUGAAGAAAGAAGAUUUUGAAGAUUAUGGUGAACUUAUAUGGAAUGAGAAAGAAUUGAAGAAAUAUCUGGUGGAUUUGAAUGAGCAAGGCUUGUUAUUGGUUCAAAGGUAUAUUACAUAUACAGAUGAUGAGUAUGACCAAACUCUCAACCGUGAGACAGAAGGAUUCACAGUUUUCGAAUUCAAUUUUGAUGAGUGUCAAUGGAUUGAGAAAAAUAGCAUAGGUGAUCUUGCCCUCUUUUUGGGGGAUAACUCAUCAGUAUCUGUGGUGGCUUCAAAUUUUCCGGGUUGUCGAUCAAAUUGUAUAUACUUCAACCAUGAUGCUGAUAGAAGAUGGGUUAUCGCUGGACGGAGUUGGCGGCCUGAUGAUUUUGGUGUGUAUGACAUUGGAACUCGAUGUUUUUCAAAGCCUAACACAAAUGCCAUGACCCUGAUAAAGACCACCAGGCAACCACUAAUAUGGAUUCAUCCAACUAUUUUUUUGUAG